UACAUACCUAUUUUGGAAGUUCUAAGUCAUAUUUUAAACAGAAAAGAAGUGUUUUUCUUUGUACAGGAGAAGAGAGUUUCUGAUGGAGCGGCAUUAACCGAUUUCACUGAUGGGUCUUUUUUUAAGAAGAAACAAGCGCUGCUUGGUUGCAACGAGUCUGACAAGUUGUUGACACUGCAAUUGUACACAGAUGAGUUUGAAAUUUUGAAUACACUUGGUUAAAAAAAAAAACUGAUUCAUAAGCUGUUUUUAUUUUGUGGUUGGAAAUCUACCUCUGAAGUACCGCUCACAACUUAAGAACAUGCACGUUGCUGUUUUAGUCCGAAACAAGCUGUUACAGAAAUAUGGCUAUGAGCCCAUUCUUCAGCCGCUCAUCUGUGAUCUCAUAGAGCUGCAAUUGAAGGGAAUAUCAGUCAGUGUUGAUGACCAAACUCAUGUUUUCAAAGGAGUGCUUUUUUCCAUUUCAGCUGACAACCUCUCUGCCCAUUCUCUUGCUGGUUUCAAUACAUGUUUUAGUCAUGGCUUUAUUUGUCGAUUCUGUAUGUGCCAUCAUGACAACAUGCAUAAUGCAAUUGAUGAGGCGUCUUGCAUUCUUCGGACCUCUGAUCACCAAAGCCAUUUAGCAGUUGAAAAUUCAAAAAGUCUCUAUGGUGUUGCUGGACAUUGUCCAUUUGAAAAAAUUCUUCAUUUUGAGGUGACUGAAUGUUUUCCACCAGAUCUCAUGCACGAUGUUUUAGAGGGUGUAAUUCCACAUGUUACACGGCUAGUCUUAAAGAAACUCAACAGUGAUAAACUUAUCACGAUUCAGCAGUUGAAUGAACGACUACAGGAGUUCCCUUUUGGACAAAAUGAUGUUACACACAAGCCAGUGUUUUUGAGACAGACAGUCCUGCAGGGAAGUGGAAUUCAAGGAAAAGCUGUUGAAAAGCUUGUAUUGUUCAGUCUUCUUCCUUUUCUAAUAGGAAACUUUGUUCCUAAACGGAAUACCCACUGGGAUCUCUAUCUUUUAUUGCGAUCAGUAUGUGAUAUCCUUCUUGCACCGGUCAUAAAAACAAGUUGGCUAAGUCCUCUGACGGCUCUAAUAACAGACUUUCUGACAAGUUUUCAAAGAUCGUUUCCAGACGAUUUCAUACCAAAGAUCCAUUACUUGGUUCACUAUCCACGACUGAUAGAGAAUUUUGGACCUCUGAGGGCACACUGGUGUCUUUGAUAUGAGGCAAAGCACCUGUAUUUCAAACGACUCUCAUCUGUGGUCAACAACUACCAAAAUAUUGCUAAAACUCUUGCUAAGCGCUACCAAAUGAGACAGUGUUGGGAGUCCCAGUCUAGUACAACCAAUUCAGAAGUAGUUCCAGAUAAUGUGACCAAAAUACCUCUAAGAGCACUCCCGGCUCCACUAAUGGAAAUUGUUGCAAGUGAUUCUGCAAACUUAGCAGAAUCUGUGUGGAAAGCGAAACAAUUGGAGCAUGACAGAGUCCAAUACAAAGUCGGGGAUUUCUACAUUCUGGACCUUUUGCAUGCAGAGGAGAUUCCAGUUUUUUUUAAACUGAUUUACAUAAUCAAGUUUCAUGAGGAGUGGAAAUUGUGUGGUAGGAUUUACCAAAGUUCUCACUAUUCAGAACAUUUACAUGCCUAUGGUGUGAAGUCAUCUACCCAUUGGAUGGUUGUGAACCCUGGUGAAGAAGUGGACUAUCAUCCCCUUGACUGUUACGCUGAUGAGAAGGAUGACCUUUACAUCACCCUGCAUCACCGUCCUGUGAGAAAUAACUUAAUCUUAAGUAAAAGACACUUGCACUGAAGUACAUACAGACUAGCCAAACUGAGUAGUCAGCACACGCAAAGCUACAGAACUAGCACAUUUAGUACAUUGCAAAAUUGAAUUUUGGAUUAUUUUGCGAUUUUAUGAUUUUUUUUUUUUUAAAUAAAUAUCAUACUGCUUAGACAAUGUGUUAACCAUCAACUUAAAAUCACCUAGCUAAUGAAAAGCUAUAUUAAAGACUAUGAAAACUGUUAACAGACUAAAGUUUUACUAUAGCAGUGUGACAUUUGUAUGAAAUUAUGAAAUUUAAUGUUCUUCAGUAAGGUGUAAAAUAUAACUGUUUUUUUUUCCCCCUUAGAGCAUGAGAUUGACGGAGCAACUUUAGGUGUUUUCACAGAGCGAAUGGCAGAGAGACUCAUACCCAUAAUUAAAAAACAGGCCAUUUUUAUGUCUCUUCUGGAAAAACUGAAAACAAGUGAAGCACACAGACCUUUGAUGGUAGACGUACAAAGACGUGACUCAAGAGCACGGGAUUCAUCUCAUAUUGCCUUUCCCCCAUUGUUGUUGGCUGCACUGGAGAGAAGAAACUCAAAAGCUCAAGGAAGUCAAAAACAAGGACCCUACUACUACAGGCUCUCUUUGACCAUCUGUCUAGUAAAACUUUGUACCCAACACAUCACCAGUAUGUUGAGUUGUUGUCUUCACUCAUAACUGUAUACCCCUACCUGAAAGAGAACUUUGGAUCAGGUUAUGAUGCUUUGCAUGAGUCCUUAAAGAACAAAUUUAAAAAGGAAAGACGUCCCUUGGUCAGUGAUGAAGAAGUGGCCAGAAUGAGAAGAAAGUUUUCCAUUACAGGUUCUGGCAGAAAACGUACAUCUGAGGUUGUCCAAAUACCACUUAAUGCAGUGAGAACCCCUGUUAAUGGUCCUACUGCAACAGAAGAAGUGUGUGUGUGGAGGAAAGAAACAUUACUGAAAUUGUGAAGACUAUGGCUGAAGAGGUAAAGAAAAUUCGCCCGGAUAUGAUGUUCCUGCAAGAGCAAAUGACAAAGACAAGAGAGUACCGAAGGACAUAUAUCCUCUCUCAUCCUACAAGAGAGACUUUGAUGGAAUUCCCUUGCCUCAGGCUUCCUGAAAUCCUACUUUUGGAAAUGAAAGCUCUUCAACACAUCGAUGUAGCAAGUCACUUUAGUGCUAAACAAAAUGGCCCCCAUGAUUUUACUGCGAGCGUCACACUCCACCAUAAUAAAGAGAUGUCUGGAGACCAUUGAAGACUGUCAGGAAGGUGCAGUAAAAAAAGGUCUGCAGUUGGAGACAGCCAUCCUGUGCCUUCCGUCUCUGUUCAGUGAGGAUGCCUCACUUGUCUUCGCAUUUGAGGAAUCAGGCACAUCCCAGGUGGUCACACCACAGAUUAUCCUGAGUGGGUGUAAGGAGGGAGUGCCCUUGCAGCACAGUUUGGUGAAAGUCACCAUGGACAAGGAAAUCAUAGUGGAAGACUGCACAGACAUCUCCCUUGCCCUCUGUGUACUGUUCAGCAUCUACUUUGUCUUCGGAGUGGAGUAUCCUAAGGGACUUAAAAAAAACUCUUACAUUCCUUGAAGCAUUUGUGUUCAAAAUGAAAGAAGAGAAAUUUCUUCCAAUUACACUGAAACGAGUAUUCAAUUCUCUCUGUGAGUAGAUUGUGUAAAUAAGAGCUGUGUAGAAUGAAGGACUUCUCACAGCAGUUUAAUUGCUGUUUAAUUAAAUGUAUUUAAUAGUUUAUCAUUUUGCUACAUUUAGUGUAACAUCCAGCAUAUUUCAGGUUUGUUGUAUUUCCAUAUGUGUUUAUUUUAGAACUAUAAAUGCUGCACUUAACCCCACCCCCACACAGAUGCUAUAUGCAUUGAAUGGGCAAAUGCCAUGGUUUAGUUUAGUUUAGCUUUGUAUUUUUGGUGAUUUUAGUCAUGCACAUAAGUACUUGAAUUUAAAAAGGAUGAGCUUUUUUAUUGUUACAUUUACACAAGUAUCCAAUUCUCUCUUUCAAUAUCCUUACCUUUUUAUUUCCUUGUACUUUUAUACUUUUAUACAGUCUGUAGUCUGCAUUAUUUAUUGUCCUCCUAAUUAUUCUUAGCACAGCACUGCUGCUGGAGUUUUGGACAUCACAAAACAUUUCAACUUCACACAACAUUAAAAUGCCUCACUUUCUGCAUGGACAAAUGUAAUUUUGAUAUAUUGACUAAAGAUUAAUUGUUUAUAUGAAUUAACACAAUAAAUGCAAUAAUUUGCUAUGAUUAUACUGUUA